AUGUGCCAUUCAUCUAACUGUGGAGGACAUUUUUUUGGACGAAAAACAGCUGCAAAAAAUUUUCAGUGUGGUUUUUAUUGGCCUACAAUUAUUAAAGAUUCUAUAGAAUUUAGUAGAACAUGUAUUUCAUGCCAAUCUAUAGGUAACAUGAGUAAAAAAGAUGAAAUGCCUAUGAGUAACAUGUCAGUAGUUGAAAUUUUUGAUGUAUGAGGAAUAGAUUUCAUGGGUCCCUUCCCAUCAGCUGAAAAAUAUGAAUAUAUUUUACUUGCUGUUGAUUAUGUGUCGAAGUGGGUGGAAGCUAUUCCUACUAGAACUAAUGAUCAUAAAAUCGUGAUGAAAUUUGUGUAGGAAAAUGUUUUUUCGAGAUUUGGAUGUCCUAGAGUGAUUAUUAGUGACGGAGGAACACAUUUUACAAAUAAAUAUUUCAAGGAACUGUUGAAAAAGAAUGGAGUACACCAUAGAGUAGCCACUCCAUAUCAUCCCCAAACAAAUGGGCAAGCUGAAGUAGCAAAUAAGGAAAUUCAGAAAAUUUUGAGAAAAAUAGUUAGACUAGAUAGGAAAGAUUGGCCCACGAAAUUACAAGAUGCAUUAUGGGCUUAUAGAAUAGCUUAUAAAAAUCUCAUAGGUAUGUCCCCAUUUCGUCUCAUUUUUGAAAAGCCAUGUCAUCUUUCUGUGGAAAUAGAGCAUAAAGCAUUAUUGGCUAUAAAAAUUUAUGUGUGGAUGAGAAAUCAGCUAGUGGGCAUAGAAUUUUUCAGCUACAUGAAUUAGAGGAGUUGAGGAAUGAAGCUUAUGAAAAUCAUAGAAUAUAUAAAGAAAAAACUAAAACUUUCCAUGAUAAAUACAUUAGCAGAAAAAAAUUUGAUGUUAGACAAAAAGUGUGGUUAUAUGAUUUUAGGCUGAAAUUAUUCCCAAAAAAAUUAAAAUCAAAAUGGAAAGGGCCUUAUGUGGUGGAAGAGACAUAUGAUCAUAGGGCUGUAAUGAUUAAAGAUCCUAAAAGUGAUCAUAACUUUAAGGUAAAUGGAUAGUGGCUUAAACAUUACAUAGAACAUGAACGUCUUGUAGAAAAAUAAAUUUUAUUAUUAAAAGAAAUUCAAGAGUAAGACCAAGGAGUCCAACUAGAGACAUUAAAUUUAGCGCUGCAUAGGAAGUUCUUUUAAUUUCACAAUACUUGUUUCUAUAUUUAUUUUUUUUUGAAAAAGUGCAGGAGGAGGAGUGUAAGAUGAAGUGGAAAAUUAAAAACGAGGUUGAGGUGAUGUCUUUCUGAGCUUCUUCAUUUAUGAAAAUAUUUUUAAUGCUUAACUUUGCAGAUAUGCAUGCUUCACUUGAAAAUUAUAUUUUCUGCAUAUUUUGUUUCGAGUUUUCUGUGUCAUUGAGGACAAUGUCAUUUUUAAGUUGGGGGUGAAGUAUUCAUUAUUAAUUUAUGCUGUAGGACGAUUAAGAACAUGUGUUUGCAUUUUAUUCAACUUAGAACAGCAACUAAAAACAUAAAAAUAAAAUAAAAUUCGGAAAAAUUGCAACAUCUAUUUUCUGGUUUUCUGUCAAAAACAACAGACUGUCAAAAAUAGCAGACAAAAAACAGCCCAAAAUUUGAAAUUCUAGAAGACCUUUUUCUCACAUUUCAAUCCCCUAGAUAUCUAUUCUGAAAUUCGAAAUUACAGCUAUAAAGAAGAUAGUUUUGAUUUAUUUUUGACAAAUUUAUUGCUGCUAAAAUAGAACUGAAAACAGAAAACAGAACUGUCAGAACUAUCUAAUUUACAAAUUCCUUGCAUCAUAUUGCAUGCAUGAAAAAUUAAAUCAAUUAGAUUGAUUGAUACCAAAAGAUACUAGGAAGAUUAUUAUUUAGUCAAAAGAAUGAUCUAGUAGCAUGAAAUGUUGAAAUACUCUUUGGAUACAUGAUAGAUAAGAUGGAUUUGAUUUUAUAGAUUUUCACUUCAUGAUCUUGAUGGAUAAUAUUUACUUGAUGUGAAAAUUUGAUUGAUCAUUUGAGUGUAAUAGAGAUUUUUGCACCUUGAUCUAUAGGACUUGUGAGGAGAAAUCACUUAUUUCGAAAAAAAAGAAAAAAAGAAAGAGAGCAAUGUGAAAAAUCUAGAAACGAAGAGUACACAUGGAGGGUGACAUGACCCAGUUGUUGUAUAUUAAAUCACGCAAAUAUUAAAUUUAUAAAACUAGAAAAUACGAAUUUUUGGAUAUUUAGAAGUAUUUCUAAAUAAAUAUAUCAAUUAUAAUUCAAUAAAAAUUCCAAAAAUAGUGAUAAUUUUCCAAGUCGAUCACAAGGAUGUAAUAUAAUAUCUGGUAAUUAUUAAGAAUUUUUCUCAAUGAAUACGAUUUUCUUAUGAAUUUUAUACUAGAAAAUAAAAAGGAAAUAUAUUUAAAAUUCACGGAAAAAAGGAAAUAAGGGUGCAGACGUCAGGAUGAUGUCAGCACCAGGCGAACGUGCACCAGGCGGAAACAGAGUUCCACCCGGCGAUUCUUACGUAGGCGAUUAUAGACGACUCAAUUAAUUAAAUUAAGAUCUGUAAAAGUUGGAAGAAUCAAAAUUGAACGAAGUAUAGUUUGGUAAAUUAAAAUCAACAAAGUAUCACUAAAUGAAGCGUAAAUUAAAUUGAAAGCAGGAAAACAGAGUUCCGGUGUCGCGACGACGAUGCAUCGGCAAUGCACCGGAAUCCUGAGCGUUUGGGAGGAUCGUCGUGCAGUGUCCACGACCUCGAAGGCUCUCCUUGGACAAAGACGACGUGGGCAAUCUCUAGAUCUUCUUGCGAAGUCUAGAGAUCAAUGAAGUGGGUCGUCGAAUCGUCUCCGGCGGCUGUCACCCGGUGGAGCGGAAAACGGCGACUUUGCGGCUCUCCGGCGGUUGUCACCCGACGGAGAGGCACUGGAUGGAAGUGGGGCGCGUGUUAGGGAGCUGCAUCCUCAGGUCCGCGCAGCAAGAGGAGGCUCUUCAUCGCAUCUGGUACGCUCUCAGGAGGUGGCGACUGGUCUCCUGGCGGAUCGUCCUCUUCCCAACGACGACUUAUUCGUCGAUCCUUUUAUCGCGAAUCGUUCAGCAAUUUUAGUAGCAAUGCUCCGCGAAUCGUGUUGACGAGAUUUUUGCCGAUGAUCCAGCGAUUCUCGUUGCUUAAUCCUUCAUCGGCGAUCUGCAGGAAAGUCAUGAUAAUCAGAGAAAAAUAUAUAAAUUUUGACUCUGGGAGGGUUCGAACCUGCGCCGGUCGCCCGGCUCUUCUGAGGAAGGUGUGACGGGGGUUUAGUCCCACAUCAGUUGUACGCCGAUUUUUCGAGCGAAUAUAUAGUAAUGUUAGCUUUCUUAGCAAAGUCCCUUCUCUCGCGUGUACGACCACUCCUUGCCCCCCAGCCGGCUGGCCACUGGUGACGUGGAAGGGGAGUGGCGUAUGCGUGCCCUGUCGGUCCCCAAGCCAAGCCCCUGCUCGCGGCUUACUCCUCGAUUGCACUUCUGACCCGCUUGCGGGCUCGGCUGGCCGGCGAGUCCCCCCCAUUUUCGCAAUAUUUUUAUUUUUAUUUGUUCUUUAUUUAUCUCAAAAGUAAGACUGUAAAAAUCGUAUAAAAUCACAUAAUUACCCAAAAAUUCACGUUAAUCAAUUAAAAACCAAAAAUCAUUCUUUAACACAAAUAUAAGUCUAUUUAUCAUGAGUUAAGGCUAAAACUAUAUUAUUUACUAAUUAUUAACUCAUGAUAAUGAAGACUUAUCAAAGGGUGUGAGACAUCAUUCUCAUUGUCGAAAAUCGUGCAUAGAAAAACACUAGUUGAAAAAUAAGUGGAUAAAGUGAAGGCCUUGAAAAUGAAGAGUACACAUGGAGGGUGUGAGACAUCAUUUUUAUUGUCGAAAUUUGUCUAUAGAAAAAGCUACUUAUCCACUAUAUAUAUAUAAAAAAAAAAGAAGGAAGAAAUAUAGUGCAAACUUCAAAAAUUAAGUCAUAGAAAAAGGGAAAUGGAGGAUCAAUAUCAUUCUUGGAUGAGUAUUGAUAAUUGGAACAUCUUGUAAAUACAUCUAUGAGUGAAGAAGUGAUAAAGAUGUGAAUAGAAGAAGUGAAGUCUAGAUUGUUAUUCCAAGGAGUGUUUAAACAUUUAAGUGCUUGACAUCAUUCUUAAAUACUUGAUAUAAGAAUCCAAAGUAUUUAAAGGUACAUCAUUUCUAAUUGUAUUUUUUUUUCUGUAUUGAAAUAUGAUGUUUGAGAUUUGUAAAAUUUUAUUUUCGUAAUUCCAUUGCUAAGGGACUAGAAAUGAUUUAAGUUGGGGACUAUGAUAAGUCUUCAUUAUCAUGAGUUAAUAAUUAGUAAAUAAUAUAGUUUUAGCCUUAACUCAUGAUAAAUACACUUAUAUAUGUGUUAAAGAAUGAUUUGUGGUUUUCAAUUGAUUAACGUGAGUUUUUGAGUAAUUAUGUGAUUUUAUACGAUUUUUACAGUCUUACUAUUGAGAUAAAUGAAGAAUAAGAAAUAUAAAUAAAAAAUAUUGCAAAAUGGGGGGACCCGCUGGCCAGCCGGGCCCGCAAGCAGGUCGGAAGCACAGUCGCGGAAUAGCCACGAGCAGGGGCUCGAGCAGGUUAGCUUGGACCGAUAGGGGCACGUGUGCGCCACUCCCCUUCCACAUCACUGGUGCCCAGUUGACUGUGGGGCAAGGAGUGGUUGUACACGCGAGAGAAGGGACUUUGCUUACAAAGCUAACAUUACUAUAUAUUUGCCUGAAAAAUCGGCACACAACCGAUGUGGGACUAAACCCCCGUCACACCUUCCUCAUAGGUAGGUGACUGGUGCGGGUUCGAAUCCUUUUAGAGUCAAAAUUCAUAUAUUUUUACCUGAUUAUCACGACUUUCCUGCAGAUCGCCGGUGAAGGAUUAAGCAACGAGAAUCACUAGAUCAUCGGCAAAAAUCUCGUCAACGCGAUUCGCGGAGCAUUGCUACUAAAAUUGUUGAACGAUUCACGAUAAAAGGAUCAAAAAUCCAUCAAGUGAAUCCUCUUUGAUUGAUCAACAAACAAGCCGUCGUCGAGAAGAGGAUGAUCCAUCGAGAGAUGAGUCGCCACCUCUUGAGAGCAUACCAGAUGCGAUGAAGAGCCUCCUCUCGCUGCGCAGACCUGAGGAUGAAGCUCCCUGACACGCGCCCCACCUCCAUCCAGCUCCUCUCCGUCGGGUGACAGUCGCCAGAGAGUCACAAAGUCGCCGUUUUUCCGCUCUGCCGGGUGACAGCUGCCGGAGACAAUUAAACGACCCACUUCAUUGAUCUCUAGACUUUGCGAGAAGAUCUAGAGAUUGCCCACGUCAUCUUUGUCCCGGGAGAGCCUUCGAGGCUAUGGACAUUACAUGACGAUCCUCUCGAAUGACACCAAAACUCUGUUUUCCUACUUUCAAUUUAAUUGACACUUCAUUUAGUGAUAGUUUGUGUGAUUUUAAUUUACCAAACUAUACUUCAUUCAAUUAUGAUUCUUCCGGCUUUUACAGAUCUUAAUUUGAUUAAUUAAAUCAUUUGUAAUCACUUACGUAAGAAUCACCAAGCAGAACUCUAUUUUUGCCCGAUUCGUGUUUGCCGGGUGCUGAUGUCAUCUUGACGUCCGCACCCUUAUUUCCUUUUUUUUUCAUGAGUUUUAAAUAUAUUUCCUUUUCAUUUCCUAGUAUAAAAUUCAUAGAAAAUCAUAUUCAUUGAGAAAAAAUCUGAAUAAUUACAAAAUAUUAUACUACAUCCUUGUGAUCUACCUAGGAAAUUACUACUAUGUUUGGAAGUUUUAUUGAAUUAUAAUUGAUAUAUUUAUUUAGAAAUACUUCUAAAUAUUCAAAAAUUCGUAUUUUCUAGUUUUAUAAAUUUAAUAUUUGUGUGAUUUAAUAUACAAUGACUAAGUCACGUCAGUAAUCUUUUUACUUUGGAAAAAGACUCAAUACAUUUCUCAUCAAAAUUAAAAGGCACAUCUUUAGAUAAUAGCAUGGUGAGAGGUCUAGAAAUUUUGGGAAAAUCUUGAAUAAAUUUUCUGUAAUAACCUGCAUGACCCAAGAAAGAUCUAAUCUGUUUUAUUGAAUUUAGAGGUUUCAUUUUAGAUAUAAUAUCAAUUUUUACUCUAUUCACCUCUAAAAUCCUUUCACUCACAAUAUGAUCCAACACAACUCCCUCUUUAACCAUAAAAUGUGAUUUCUCCCAACUCAAAACUAAUUUUUUCUCUAUGCAUUUCUCAAGUACGUGUUGUAAAUGAUUUAAGCAUUCAUCAAAUGAUUCACCAAAAAUAGAAAAAUCGUCUAGAAAAAUUUCUAUGCAGUUUCCAAUCAUAUCAGAAAAAAUAGACAACAUACAUCUUUGAAAUGUGGCUGGAGCAUUACACAGACCAAAAGGCAUGCGUUUCAAAGCAAAAGUACCAAAUGGAUGAUUGAAAGUUGUUUUUUCUUGAUCUAAAGGGUUUAUAUAAAUUUGAUUAUAACCAAAGUAUCCAUCCAGAAAACAAAAAAAGUUUUUUCCAGCUAAUUUUUCUAAAAUUUGAUUAGUAAAUGGUAGGGGAAAAUGAUCUUUUCUAGUAACUGAAUUUAAUGUUCUAUAAUCAAUGCAAACUCUCCAAUUGGUAGUUAGUCUUGUUUGUAUUUCAUCCCCAUUUUUGUUUUUUUAACUAUGAUCCUUGAUUUUUUUGGUACUACUUGUGUAGGACUAACUCAUUUGCUAUUUGAAAUAGGAUAAAUAAUAUCAGCAGCCAGUCACUUUAAAAUUUCUUUUUUUACAAUUUCCAUCAUGUUAGGAUUUAAUCUUCAUUGUGGUUCCCUACUAGUUCUAGCUCCUUCCUCUAGAUAUAUACUAUGCAUGCAUACACUCAUAUCAAUGCCCCUUAGAUCAUCCAUUUUUCAGCCCAUAACCUUCUUAUUUUUUCGAAGUACAUCUAAUAGUUCUUCUUCCUGUUCAUCACUCAAAUCAGCUGCAAUAAUAAUAGGAAAUGAAUUACUUUCCUCCAAAAACAUAUAUUUUAAACUAGAGGGAAGAGGUUUCAAUUCUAAAUUCAGAUGAUCUUCCUCUUUCUUUUCUUCUAAAUUUAUAUUCUCUAUUUCCUCUAAUUCUUCAAACACAUAGUCAUCAAUAACAUCUAAAUCAUCAAAAUCAUCUAGAAGAUCUAUGGUAUGACAAUCAUAUAUUUGGGAUUUCUUAAGAUCAUUUGAUACCUAAAAAAUUUUAAUUUUUACUAAUUGAUCUCCACAUGAAAUUUUCGCAAUACUUGUGGGAAAAUCAAUAUUCAUCUUUGCUGUAUGUAAAAAUGGUCUCCCUAUGAUGAUUGGUGUAUGACGUGACUCAGUCGUUGUAUGUUAAAUCACGCAAAUAUAAAAUUUAUAAAACUAGAAAAUACGAAUUUUCGGAUAUUUAGAAGUAUUUCUAAAUAAAUAUAUCAAUUAUAAUUCAAUAAAAAUUCCAAAAAUAGCGGUAAUUUUCCAAGUCGAUCACAGGGAUGUAAUAUAAUAUCUGGUAAUUAUUCAGAAUUUUUCUCAAUGAGUACAAUUUUCUUACGAAUUUUAUACUAGGAAAUAAAAAGGAAAUAUAUUUAAAAUUCACGAAAAAAAGGAAAUAAGGGUGAGGACGUCAGGAUGACGUUAGCGCCCGGCGAAUGCGAAUAGGAAUUACUCACUAUUCACUCGGUUUAUGGUCAAUAAUAAGAUUAUGUUAUGUAGGAGAGAUGGCCGAGUGGUUGAAGGCGUAGCAUUGGAACUACUAUGUAGGCUUUUGUUUACCGAGGGUUCGAAUCCCUCUCUUUCCGUUUCUGAUCCUGUGGAAUCAUAUUGAAUAUUUGACGAUAGAUUCCGUACCUUGCUAAAAAACUGAUCCUUGUUUACCAACCACACAUUGUCUAACCAAAUCAAAUUCUCUCUCGAUAUGUUCCUCAAAAAAUCCGAUUCGUGCCGAUUCUUCCCCCAACUAACGAAAAGAUCUUGGCGGAAUUGCCACAUAUGAAAUUGAGCACAAUUUUGCAAAGAAAUACCCCACUUGUUUCUCGAGAAGAGAUUGAGUCCCAGGUUCCCCAAUUGACUGACCCGCAAUAAUACCUACAGCUUCUCCCAAUUCGAUCAGGUCACCGUGAGUAGGACUCCGCCCAUAACAUAAUUAACAGAUCCAAGAUGUACUCCUGCAAGUAAAUUAAGUUCAAAUAUGUAUUGCGGAAAGAGAGUUCCGCUUGGCGAUUCUUACGUAGGCGAUUAUAGACGACUCAAUUAAUCAAAUUAAGAUCUGUAAAAGCUGGAAGAAUCGUAAUUGAACGAAGUAUAGUUUGGUAAAUUAAAAUCAACAAAGUAUCACUAAAUGAAGCGUAAAUUAAAUUGAAAGUAGGAAAACAUAGUUCCGGUGUCGCGACGGCGAUGCGUCGGCGAUGCACCGGAAUCCUGAGCGUUUGGGAGGAUCGUCGUGCAGUGUCCACAGCCUCGAAGGCUCUCCUUGGACAAAGAUGACGUGGGCAAUCUCUAGAUCUUCUUGCGAAGUCUAGAGAUCAAUGAAGUGGGUCGUCGAAUCGUCUCCGGUGGCUGUCACCCAGCGGAGCGGAAAAACGGCGACUUUGCGGCUCUCCGGCGGUUGUCACCCAACGGAGAGGAGCUAGAUGGAGGUGGGGCGCGUGUUAGGGAGCUUCAUCCUCAGGUUUGCGCAGCAAGAGGAGGCUCUUCAUCGCAUCUGGUACGCUCUCAGGAGGUGGCAACUGGUCUCCCGGUGGAUCGUCCUCUUCCCGAUGAUGGCUUGUUCAUCGAUCAAUCGGAAAUGAUUUACUCGAUGGAUUCGCGAUCCUUUUAUCGCGAAUCGUUCAGCAAUUUUAGUAGCAAUGCUCCGCGAAUCACGUUGACGAGAUUUUCGCCGAUGAUCCAGCGAUUCUUGUUGCUUAAUCCUUCCCCAGCGAUCUGCAGGAAAGUCAUGAUAAUCAAAUAAAAAUAUAUGAAUUUUGACUCUAAAAGGAUUCGAACCCGCGCUGGUCGCCCGCCUCUUCUGAGGAAGGUGUGACGGGGGUUUAGUCCCACAUCGGUUGUACGCUGAUUUUUCGAGCGAAUAUAUAGUAAUGUUAGCUUUGUGAGCAAAGUCCCUUCUCUUGCAUGUAUGACCACUGCUUGCCCCACAGCCGACUGGCCAUCGGUGACGUGGAAGAGGAGUGGCCGUACGCGUGCCCUGUCGGUCUCCAAUCCAAGCCGCUCGAGCCCCUGCUCGCGGCUUACUCCCCGACUGCACUUCCGAUCCGCUUGCGGGCCCAGUUGGCCAGCGGGUCCCCCCAUUUUUGCAAUAUUUUUAUUUUUAUUUCUUGUUCUUCAUUUAUCUCAAAAGUAAGACUGUAAAAAUCGUAUAUAAUCACAUAAUUACCCAAAAAUUCACGUUAAUCAAUUGAAAGCCAAAAAUCAUUCUUUAACACAAAUAUAAGUCUAUUUAUCAUGAGUUAAGGCUAAAACUAUAUUAUUUACUAAUUAUUAACUCAUGAUAAUGAAGACUUAUCAGUGUAUCAUAAAACUGUCCAUUAAAAUUCAUUUCUAGCACUACAAAAUCAGCUUAAAAUUUACACCCUUUAACUAUUACUAUCACAUUUUCUAAAAUACCUUUAGGAUGUUUUAUGGAUCUAUCAGCAAAUUGUAAGGUAACAGUAGAAGGUUUAAGAUCAGAAAUAUUAAAUUUAUCACAAAUACUUGCAGGUAAUAAAUUAAUACUAGCACCAGUGUCAAGUAAUGCAUUCUAAAAAAUGGAUCCACCAAUAUCACACGAAAUUAAAGGGGCACUUGUAUCUCUCAAUUUAUAUGAUAAUUGAUUUAAUAAUAAUGCACUAGUAUGCAUAGAUAAUUUUUCUACUCUAAGUGUCCUUUUUGGUGUACACAUUUCUUUCAAAACUCUAGCAUAUUCAAGAAUAUGUUCAAUGGCAGUGAGUAAAGGAAGACUAAUUUGCACAUCUUGUAAAAUUUUCUUUAUUUCUUCAUUGUGUUCCUUUUUCUUUCUUUGUCUAGGCUCUAGAGCUUUAGGAAAUGGAAUGGUUGUCCUCUCUUAUGAAAUUUCCUUGGUAGAAUCUAUAAAAUCCUCUUCUACUCCUAUUUGAUUUUGUUUUAGGUCAUCCACGUUUUCUUUUUCUUCUAAUAUUUGGGGAUAAGAAUCAGGUAAGAUCUUACCACUCCUUAAUGUAUUCACUGUCCUAAUAUUUUAAUUUCGUGAGUUUUUUGCUAGAUUCAUGCUACUAGACUCCCCUUGCUGAAAUCCUAUUGUUGGGUAGUUCCCUGGAUUUUUUAUGGGCUGACUAGGUAGCUGUCCCUCUUUUCUCUUAUUCCCAAGGGACUCUAUAAUUUGUUUCUAGUGUUGCAUCAUUUGAUUCAUAAUUUGUUGCAUCAUUUGGCUCAUUUGCUGCAUUAUUUCCAUAGUAUCAGGUUGGGUUUCAGAGGGCUGAUUUUUCUGAAAUCUGUUUUCUUAUUUUGGACGAAAUUUAGAGUUUGAAUUGGGUCUAAGUGCUUCUGGAUUUUGAAUAUUAUUUGGGUCUCUCCAUAAAAAAUUAUUCCUCCAAUUAGGAUUAUAAGAAUUUGAAAAAGGUUCCCUAUUUCUAUUAAAACCGUGAGCUACUUGCACUUGUUCUUACAUAGGGUGAAAUGAUUGAUCUAAAUUAUAACAUUAAAAUUCAAAAUAAUCAUUUUCACCAUACAUAGGACAUGUACUAUUCAAAUUAAAUUGAGGGUUAAAAGGCUUUCUAAUAUUGUCAAUAAGUGAAUCAAUUUUUUCUAAUCUUUGAUUAAUCUGAUUAACCUCAUUUUUUAAGUUUAGAAUCAUCAUCAUGAUGUAAUUCAUAAAUUCUUCUCUUCUUAUCCCUAUCAUAUAACUCAAAAGAGGCUUGAUCUCUAGAAUUUUCACUUAAAUUCUCAUAAAGACUGUAAAUCUCAUCAAGAGUUUUCUCCAUAAAAGCUCCUCCACAUAUAGAAUCAACCAUAUUUCUAUAUUGUUCUAAUAAUCCAUCAUAAAAAAUUAUAUUGAGCUGCCACUUGGGUAUAGCAUGAUGAAGACACUUUCUAAGUAAAUCUUUGAAUUUUUCCCAUGUCUCAUGCAAAGUUUUCUCAUAUUUUGAGUUUUUCCUAAGGGAUAAAAUUUUUGAAGAAAGGCCUGUUCUAUAUCUUUCUAGCUAGUUAAUUCUCUAUCUAAUGUGGGUAGCCAAUGACUAACUUUGUCCCUAAGUGUAUGAGAGAAUAAUUUCAUCUUAAUAAUUUCCAGUGUAACUUGAGGGAGAUUAACUAAAUCACAGACCAUAUGAAAUUUUUCUAAAUGCUGAUGAGGUUCCUCUAAAAGCAAUCCAUGAAAAUUAGGGAGCAUGUGAAAAAUUCCUAGAUUUAUUUCGAAUUUAACAGUGGGUGCUAAUGGGACUCUAAUAUUGGAUGCUCUUUGAAAUGAACUAGGGAUAUAAUGAUUUUUCAUGGCCAUAGGAUUUUUCUCAAUUUGACCUGUACUUCCUUCAGGAUCCAUCAAAAUUAAUUUUUCUUUCAGAUUUUUAUUUUUGAAUGAAAUAAGGAAAAGAUUUUCUAGCCUUGGAUGCAAGGAUCUUCUACCAUGCAUAAAAAUCAAUAAAUUCGAGGGAAAAAGUUAGUAACUGUUACCCUCCUUCAGGAUGCUCCAGUCUUUGCCGUGCUUCUUUUCAUUCCCUUUUUCUAAUAAAAAUUGGCAAAAAGAAAAUAAAACAAGAGUUAAGUUCUUUUGUGUACUCUAAGAGAAAAACAGAAAAAUACUAAAUAUUAUGCAAUACAUCCCCGACAACGGUGCCAAAAUUUGAUGUGACUCAGUCGUUGUAUAUUAAAUCACGCAAAUAUAAAAUUUAUAAACUGAGAAAAUACAAAUUUUUAGAUAUUUAGAAGUAUUUCUAAAUAAAUAUAUCAAUUAUAAUUCAAUAAAAAUUCCAAAAAUAGCGAUAAUUUUCCAGGUCGAUCACAAGGAUGUAACAUAAUAUCUGGUAAUUAUUCAGAAUUUUUCUCAAUGAAUACGAUUUUAUAUGAAUUUUAUACUAGGAAAUAAAAAGGAAAUAUAUUUAAAAUUCACAAAAAAGGGAAAUAAGGGUGCAGACGUCAAGAUGACAUCAGCACCUGGCGAGCGCAAAUCAGGCAAAAAUAGAGUUCCGCCCAGUGAUGCUUACAUAAGCAAUUAUAGAUGAUUUAAUUGAUCAAAUUAAGAUCUAUAAACGCCGAAAGAAUCGUAAUAGAAUAAAGUAUAUUUUGUUAAAUUAAAAACACAAAAAUUAUCACUAAAUGAAGCGUAAAGUAAAUUGAAAGCAGGAAAAUAGAGUUCCGGCAUCACGACGGCGAUGUGUCGAUAAUACACCGGAAUCCUGAGCGUUUGGGAGGAUCAUUGUGCAGUGUCCAUGGCCUCGAAGGCUCUCCUUGGACAAAGACGACAUGGGCAAUCUCUAGAUCUUCUCGCAAAGUCUAGAGAUCAAUGAAGUGGGUCGUCGAAUCAUCUCCGGCAGCUGUCACCUGAUGGAGUGGAAAAACGACGACUUUGCAGCUCUCUAGCGGCUGUCACCCGACAAAGAGGAGUUGGAUGGAGGUGGGGCACGUAUCAGGAAACUUCAUCCUUAGGUCCACGCAGCAAGAGGAGGCUCUUCAUCACAUUCGGUAUGCUCUCAAGAGGUGGUGACUCAUCUCCCGACAGAUCGUCCUCUUCUUAACGACGGCUUGUUCGUCGAUCAAUCAGAGAUGAUUUACUCGAUGGAUUCGCGAUCCUUUUGUCUUGAAUCGUUCAACAAUUUUAGUAGCAAUGCUCCGCAAAUCGCAUUGAUGAGAUUUUUGCCGAUGAUCCUGUGAUUCUCGUUGCUUAAUCCUUCACUGGCGAUCUGCAAAAAAGUCGUGAUAAUCAGAUAAAAAUAUAUGAAUUUUGACUUUGGGAGGAUUUGAACCCACACUAGUCGCCCGCCUGUGAGGAAGGUGUGACGUGGGUUUAGUCCCACAUCGGUUUUGCGCCGAUUUUUUGGACGAAUAUAUAGUAAUGUUUGUUUGUAAGCAAAGUCCUCUCGCGUGUACAACUACUCCUUGCCCCACAGCUAGCUGGCCACCGGUGACGUGGAAGGGGGGUGGCGCACACGUGCCCCUAUCGGUCCAAGCUAAGCCGCUCGAGCCCCUGCUCACAGCUACUCCCCGACUAUGCUUCCGACCCGCUUGCAGGCCUGACUGGCUGGCGGGUCCCCUAUUUUGUAAUAUUUUUAUUUUUAUUUCUUGCUCUUCAUUUAUCUCAAAAGUAAGACUAUAA